AUGGAGAGAAGAGGCUUUCUUUUUUCCCUCUUUCUUUUAAAUAUUGUAAUAUAUUGCGGAAGAUAUUGGGAGGUGAGCGGUUGCUUGGAUUGGGAGAGAAAAUCUCUCAACACUUUUCGGAAGGCUCUCAACGUUACUUCCAAUAUUCUCUCUUCAUGGGAUGAUGAAGCCUCAGACUGCUGUAAAUGGAGAGGUAUUACCUGCCACAACAUAACUGGGUAUGUUCUUAAACUCGAUCUCUACCAUCUCAUUCUAAGUGGCAGAAUUGAUCCAGCUCUGGUUGAACUGAAUCAUCUUCAAUUGUUGGACUUGAGCUACAAUGCUUUUAAUGGUAUCCCAAUUCCACAGUUUUUGGGUUCCAUGAAGGAGUUGAGGCAUUUGAACUUGUCAGAUGCAGGGUUCAGUGGGAGAAUCCCUCCUCAGCUUGGAAACCUCUCUAAACUCAUUUCCUUGCAGCUUUCUUCAACCGAAUACUCCUUGUGGUCGUUGAAUGGGAGUAUCCCUGCAGCUCUUGGAGGAUUGUCUUCUUUGCAAUCUUUAGAUCUCUCAUGGAAUCAGUUGAAUGGGAGUAUCCCUGCAGCUCUUGGAGGACUGUCUUCCUUGCAAUCUUUAGAUCUCAGUGGCAAUCAGUUGAAUGGGAGUAUCCCUGCAGCUCUUGGAGGAUUAUCUUCCUUGCAAUCUUUACAUCUCUCACGGAAUCAGUUGAAUGGGAGUAUCCCUGCAGCUGUUGGAGGAUUUUCUUCCUUGCAAUCUCUAGAUCUCAGUGUCAAUCAAUUGAAUGGGAGUAUCCCUGCAGCUCUUGGAGGAUUGUCUUCCUUGAAAUCUUUAGAUCUCUCAUGGAAUCAGUUGAAUGGGAGUAUCCCUGCAGCUGUUGGAGGAUUGUCUUCCUUGCAAUCUUUAGAUCUCUCAUGGAAUCAGUUGAAUGGGAGUAUCCCUGCAGCUGUUGGAGAAUUGUCUUCCUUGCAAUAUUUAGAUCUCUCAUGGAAUCAGUUGAAUGGGAGUAUCCCUGCAGCUAUUGGAGGAUUGCCUUCCUUGCAAUCUUUAGAUCUCAGUGGCAAUCAGUUGAAUGGGAGUAUCCCCGCAGCUCUUGGAGGAUUGUCUUCGUUGCAAUAUUUAUCUCUUGGGGAGAAUCAGUUGAAUGGGUGCAUCCCUGCAGCUGUUGGAGGAUUGUCUUCCUUGCAAUCUUUAGAUCUCAGUGACAAUCAGUUGAAUGGGUGUAUCCCUGCAGCUGUUGGAGGUUUGUAUUCCUUGCAAUCUCUAGAUCUCAGUGGCAAUCAGUUGAAUGGGAAUAUCCCAACAACUUUAGGACAACUUUCUAACUUGUCUUGGCUUGACCUCUCUAACAACUCCUUGACAGGAAACGUAUCUGAAACUCAUUUUGAAAACCUCAAAAACUUGAACGAUUUAGAUUUGUCUUUUAAUUGUUUGGUUUUUGAUCUACACCCUGAUUGGGUCCCUCCAUUUCAGCUUUCUACAAUUUCACUAAGAUCAUCUCAUUUAGGUCUUCCUCCCUGGAUACGAACACAACGAUACAUACAGGAGUUGAAUCUCUCUAACACAACCAUCUCUGGCGUCAUCCCCACCUGGUUUUGGGAUUUUACAACCCAACUUUCUUCACUGGACCUUUCAAAUAACAAGAUUUCUGGCCAAUUGCCCAACCCACUAAAAAUGAUGCCUGCUACCUACAUUGAUUUGAGCUCGAAUAAUUUCAAUGGUCCCAUACCUUGCAUAUUGCAUGGAUCUAGUUCACUUGAUAUCUCCAACAAUCAAUUUUCUGGGCCAAUCCCACCCAAUUUUACAUCCACAAUGAAUGAUUUACUUGUCUUUUCUGCCAGAGGUAACCAAAUUAGUGGCAUAAUUCCUUCAUCCAUAGGCAAAAUGGAGUCUCUUCUUGUCCUUGAUCUUUCCCAAAACAAUAUAAGUGGCACCAUCCCAUUAAGAUUGGGUGAUUGUGUAGACCUCAUAGCACUUGAUUUGAGCAAGAACCAUUUAUCAGGAAGAAUUCCCAUAUCUUUGGGUCUGUUACAUCAACUUCAAACAUUGCACUUGAGCAACAAUAGCCUAUCUGGAAAAGCCGUUUCAUCUUUGAAGAGUUGUACUCAUUUGGAGACUCUUGACCUUGGACAAAACAAUUUCUCAGGUCAUAUUCCCACUUGGAUUGGCAAAAGCUUUCCAGCUUUAAGAAUUCUGAAUUUACGAUCCAAUAUGUUUACUGGCAACAUCCCGCCUCAAUUGCUAAACAUAACUUCUCUUCAGGUCCUUGAUUUGGCACAAAAUUGCUUAUCAGGUUCAAUUCCUCAAAGUCUUCGAAAUCUCACCGCCAUGAAAAAUGAGCAAAAGUCAGAACACUUUCUUGUGAAUGGAACAGGAUCUUAUUACAAGGAAAACUUGAUUCUGUCAGUGAAGGGGCUAAUGCUUGAAUACACUAGAACAAUUUCACUGGUUACAUGCUUGGACCUUUCAAGUAAUAACUUAUCUGGAGAGAUCCCUGAAGGACUCACAAGUCUUUUGGGAUUGCGUGUCUUAAACUUAUCCGGAAAUCAUUUGACCGGAAAGAUCCCCGAAAAAAUUGGUAAAUUGGCACUGCUAGAGUCUCUUGAUUUCUCCAAAAAUCAGCUUUCAGGCACAAUUCCUCCGAGUAUGUCAAGUUUAACUUUUCUCAGUUACUUGAACUUGUCGAAUAACAACUUGUCGGGAAAAAUUCCAUCAGGAAAUCAGCUACAGACACUUUCAGAUCCUUCUAUUUAUAUGGGGAAUAAUGAUCUCUGUGGACCUCCUCUUACAGAUAAGUGUGACCGUGAUGAUACUUAUCAAAGUCCAAUGCCUGUUGGUGGUGAUGUAAAAAAAGAUGAUGGAGUGCAUGAAAUGGUUUGGUUUUACUCUGCCAUGGGACCAGGAUUUGCUGUGGGGUUUUGGGUCUUCUGUGGUGUUUUAGUGCUCAAGAAAGCUUGGAGGAUUGCCUAUUACCGUUUCUUUGAUAAGAUGAAAGAGAGCCUUUUGUUCAAGUGCCGCUUUGCAAGAUGUUAG